CGAUCAUGGAAUCGUUCCCGUGCUCUUCACCUGUAGAGAAACCUCCGCUGGACGCGUACGAUACCAUGAUCACUCUCAACGUGGGAGAGCCUGGCAAACAAAAGCUGUUCCAGGUGUAUCGUGGUGUACUUUGUCACUACUCGGAUUAUUUCAAGACCAUGCUCGAUAGCGGUUUCAAAGAGGGAUGGUCGAAGGAUCUUAAGAUUACUGAUGUCAAGCUCGAUCUGUUCCAGAUCUUCUACGACUUUAUCAACACCGGCGAGAUAUACUUGGAGGAGUGCAACGGAUAUGAGGAUAUCUGGAGUGUGGUCAUAGACGCUUACGAAUUUGCUGACUUUUAUUUGGCCCAGAGCUUCGAGAACCGGAUAGUCGAUCUCUAUUUGCUGAUAGUGGAGAAUUUAUGGGAAGUUCCACUGAGCCAAGCAAAAGAAAUCUACCGCAUCACUAGUGAAGGUUCUAAAUUACGAAAGCUCAAUGUCGACAUCCUCAUUGAGAUCUGGGGUUUCAAUAGCCUCGAAAAGUACAAGUCACACUGGCCGCACGAGUUUCUCAGCGAUAUUCUGAGUCAGUGUCACAAAGUGAAAGCGUUUCCAGGUAGCGCAAGUGGUCUUGUUACAUCCAAGAACGUAUAUUUCGACGGCAAGAAGAAGACAUUUUGCGAAAAUUACCAUGACCAUACCAAGCCUGAAGCUCGUGCGGCAAUCGUCACUGAGUAA